AUGCACGCACCAUCGACGCGCGGUAGGAAGCGAAAGAAUCAGUCGCACGGACUUCCAUGGGAUCCUUCCAAUGCGGCCCGGGCUAAUAUGCCACGGGCUAGUGGUGUCCCUGGCGCUCAGACGCCUAUUUUAAAGCGCCCAUACUACAAUUUGAUUACGGGUCGCGAGCCAGAUGAAGAUAUUGCAGAUGCCGUUGUUGACACAUUAGACAUUGUAGCACCACGCGACUUGGCCGCUGCGCGUUAUGCACAGAACCAUGAAUAUCUAGGCAAGAUUUUUGGGCCUACACGCCUUGACAUGCUCUCACCACCUCCAUCACCGUAUAAGGAUAAGAAUGUGGAUAACUUGAAAGCUCAGGCUACUGCACUGGAAGCGGAGCUCGCUGCGAUGAAGGAAUCUCACACAAAGAAACUAACUGCAUGCCAAGACCUACAACCCUCGCAGGACGAGACGGAGAUGGCAGAAUCCUGGGCCAGGGCACCAAGCCAGGGGCCUGUUCUUGGCAUUGGUCGUGUGCGGAUGGAAAUGCCAGUCGAAGUGGCCGCGGUGUUGGAAAGACAACGUGCAUUACGACAGCAACGCGAAGCAGAUGCGCCAUUGCCGGCGCCGUCGACCACUGCACAGCCACAAACAAAUACCCCCACUGUGCCAAGCACGGCCAUGAACACAGCAACACCAAAUAUGGAAGUGAAGACAGAGGCGCACACACCAGCUGAGCCCUCGUCGUCUCAUAACACACCAGCACCUACAACUUCCAUGUGA